UGCGCAUGAACACUAAACUCCGACCAACAUCCAGUGGGGAAAAUCAUCUUGUUCUUUUGAGAAAAGGUGGCGUGCCUGACUGCCUAUGCAUUGGAUUUGAUUACGUUUGUGUUUCGGUCCGCGGUAUGGACACUCAAAAAGUAACCAUGGUUGACAGAGGAAGAACGAUUCCAAGCACCGCCCUCCUUUUGAAGCUUCCAGUCUGUUAUUCGAACUCAAUCCGCAUGACAGAGUGAUCUCCAGCCUUGUCCUCGUCAACACUCACACCUGUGUUAACGAGAAGAUCACUGACAUGAUGUCAGCUGGUCCUUUUGUGGCAGGGCUGAAAUGCAGUGGAAAUGUUUUUGGGGGAUUCAGUUUAUUUGCAUGACAAAGAGGAGGCACUACAAAGGAUAAUAACCACAUUGGCCAAUAAAAAUGAGGAGCUCCAUAACUUCAUGGAAACACUUAGUCACUGUCUGGCUGGUGUCCAGGUGAACUCCACACAAGCAGUGUCAGACCUGGAGGAGGAGUUUGACACGUUGUUCACCGUCCUGGUUGAGAUGAAGGAGAGCAUGAUCAGCACCAUCAAACAGGAAGCGGCCAAGAAGACACAGGAAAUACAGAAUCAACUGACACAGAGCAGCGAUGCCUUGGAGAGUGCAGAGGAGCUCCUGGAGUUUGCCAACAAUGCUCUGGAUACUAAAGAUGAGGAUGAGUUCACUAAGGCUGCCAAGCAGAUCAAAGAUAGGGUAACCAUGGCCUCAGCCUUCAGACUGACCAUGAAGCCCAAGGCCACAGACAACAUGAACCAUCUGAUGGUGGACUUCACCCAGGAGAGACAGCUUCUCCAGAACCUGAAGUUCCUGCCUGUCCCCUGGGCCCCAGAGAUGGAGGUAGGGGACUGUCUGGUGUUAGACAACACGGUGUCCGUAGCCUGGAAGAUGCCAGUGGAGGACAGUAAGAUAGACCACUACAUACUGGAGUACAGAAAGACCGACCACGAAGGACUGCCACGCAUCAAAGACCAACGGUGCUGGGAGGUGGUGGACAACAUCAAGACCACAGAAUACUCACUGUCCGGUUUAAAGUUUGACUCCAAGUUCAUGAACUUCCGGGUACGAGCAUGCAACAAGGCAGCAGCUGGAGAAUACUCGGAUCCAGUUACCCUGGAAACCAGAGCGUUUAACUUCGGUUUCGACUCGUCGUCGUCCCAUCUGAACCUGAGGGUAGAGGACAGGACUGUGGAGUGGGACCCCCAGGGGGGCAAGGGGCUGGAGAGCAAGGUCAAGGGCAAGGAGAACAAGGGCAGAAGUGGAACUCCGUCUCCCAAGAGAACGUUGACGACUCGGUCGCCUGCCAUCAGAGGAAGCAGAGACCGGUUCACUGGAGAGUCCUACACCGUGUUAGGUGAUACCAGUAUGGACUGUGGUCAACACUACUGGGAGGUGAAAGCCCUUAAAGACUGUAAGUCCUAUAGUGUUGGGGUCUCCUACAGAAACCUGGGAAAGUUUGACCAGUUGGGUAAGACCAACACUACCUGGUGUAUCCACAUCAACAACUGGCUGCAGGCUUCCUUCGCUGCCAAGCACAACAACAAGGCCAAGAGCCUGGACGGCACCAUACCUGGACGCAUCGGAGUCUUCUGUGACCUGGACUCAGGACAACUGUCCUUCUACAACGCUGAAACCAAGCAGUUGAUCCACACGUUCAAGGCUAAGUUUAGCCAACCUGUUGUACCGGCCUUCAUGGUAUGGUGUGGAGGACUGAGCCUCAGUACAGGUAUGCAGGUCCCCAGUGCAGUCAAGAGUUUCCAGAAGACUGAGAACGGCCUGGGAGGAUCUAACAGCAGCCUCAACAGCAUGGCCCAGUAGCCCACACUGACUGGCUGCGUCUGGAACAGCACCCUAUUCCCUAGAACCCUCUAACUCAACUCUGGAGCUCCAAGACAGUUACACUGCGUUUUUUUCAUUGUUCUCCUCUAAUCACAGACUGAUUUAGACCUGGGACACAAGGUGGGUGAUUCCCCUCUAAUCAGGGACUGAUUUAGACCUGGGACACCAGGUGGGUGAUUCCCCUCUAAUCACAGACUGAUUUAGACCCGGGACACAAGGUGGGUGAUUCCCCUCUAAUCAGGGACUGAUUUAGACCCGGGACACCAGGUGGGUGAUUCCCCUCUAAUCAGGGACUGAUUUAGACCUGGGACACAAGGUGGGUGAUUCUCCUCUAAUCACAGACUGAUUUAGACCUGGGACACCAGGUGGGUGAUUCCCCUCUCUAAUCAGGGACUGAUUUAGACCUGGGACACAAGGUGGGUGAUUCCCCUCUAAUCAGGGCCUG